AUCGAUGAAAUGGCGUCGCCUCCCCCUCCGCAUAAAGCCUCCCGAGGCCAGUGAGGCGAGGCCCUGCACUCACCACUUCUUUUCAGCCGCUCAUCACCGUUGACCACAUCCAAAAUCACAAUGGCCGGCAUGGUUGUAAAGAACAUGUCCUUCAAAGUAGGGCAGACGCUGACAAUUGUCGGAAAGGCUCAGACUGACGCUACUAACUUUGCACUCAACGUUGGCCCAAACGAGAAGGACAUCACCAUGCACAUCAACCCACGUUUCAACGCGCAUGGCGACACCAACGCGGUGGUUUGCAACUCUUACCAGGAUGGCAAAUGGUGCGAGGAGCACCGUGAGGGAGGUUUCCCAUUCCACCAGGGGGAGGAGUUCAAAAUCAACAUUUUGUUCACUCCCGCGGAAUUCCAAGUCUCUCUAUCGGAUGGCUCCGUAAUCCAUUUUCCCAACCGCAUGGGCGCCGAAAAAUACUCUUUCAUCAGCUUCACCGGAGAUGCUCGUGUCACCAGCAUCGAGAUUAAAUAAAGCACAAUGACUGUAGGAUAGUUCUUUCAAAUUGGUGCUUUGCAGCAGAGCUCACUGGACCCCAUUUAUUUGCUUACAUACACAUCAUUUACUUACAAAAGUUGGAACCUUUCAAGAAAUUAACUUUUUUUACAAAUGGAAAUAAUACGGCCAGAGAGAUGAAGGGAUGUUUUAGAGAAGACUCACAAUUUAGAAAUGUUGACUAAAUUCUAUAAUUGACUGUUAAAAUAACCUAACUUUUUUUUUCAUUAACUAAACUGAAUUUCUCAAACAUUCCAGACGUGAACCAAUGCUUGCAUUUAAUACGUAUUAAAGCAGGAUCGAACGUGGA